AUGGAUUUCCUUCUUAUUGGUCUCUGUUUAAACUGGCUGCUGAGGAAGCCCCCGGGGUUGAUAUUGUGUACGCUGGGUAUCUUUUCUAAAAUGCUUCCAGCUGUGAAUAGUGGGUGUCCACAGCUAUGUCGGUGUGAGGGCAGGCUUUUGUACUGUGAAUCACUGAAUCUUACAGAGAUGCCUCGCAACCUGUCGGGCAUGAUGGGCUUGUCUCUGCGGUACAACAGCCUUUCAGAGCUGCAUGAUGGACAGUUCACAGGGUUAAUGCAGCUCACGUGGCUCUAUCUGGAUCACAAUCACAUUUGCUCAGUGGAGGGGAAUGCCUUUCAAAAAUUGCGGCGAGUUAAAGAGCUCACCCUGAGUUCCAACAAAAUAACCCAACUGCCCAACACCACUUUCCGACCCAUGCCAAACUUGCGCAGUGUGGAUUUAUCAUACAACAACCUACAGUCUUUGGAGCCUGACCUGUUCCACGGGCUGAGAAAACUCACAACUUUGCACAUGCGGUCGAACGCCAUCAAGUUCGUGCCAGUGAGAAUUUUUCAGGACUGUCGCAGCCUGAAGUUUCUAGACAUAGGAUACAAUCAGUUAAAGAGCCUGGCUCGAAACUCUUUUGCGGGCUUGUUCAAACUCACUGAGCUGCACCUCGAGCACAAUGACUUGGUGAAAGUGAAUUUAGCCCAUUUUCCCAGGCUCAUCUCCCUGCAGUCUCUCUGCCUGCGAAGGAAUAAAGUUACCAUUGUAGUAAACACUUUGGACUGGAUAUGGCAACUCGAGAAACUGGAUCUCUCUGGCAACGAAAUCGAAUACAUCGAACCUCACGUUUUCGAAAGUGUACCUCACCUCAAAUCCCUGCAGCUGGACUCCAACCGGCUGACCUACAUCGACUCCCGAGUCCUCGACUCCUGGAAGUCCCUCACUAGCAUCAGCCUUUCUGCAAACGCUUGGGAUUGCAGCCGUAACGUUUGCGCCCUGGCCUCCUGGCUGAGCACCUUCAAGGGUCGCUACGACAGCAACCUGCUUUGUUCCACCCCUGAGUAUGCACAGGGUGAGGAUGUUUUGGACGCGGUCUACGCCUUCCACUUGUGUGAAGACACAACAGACCCGACAAGUGUGAACACCCUCUCCCCGGUAACAAACAACAGUGACCAAACGUUCAGCUAUGGCUUGGCCACCGCCACGUACGACGUGCAGGACGGCGACGAGGACUGGACAACAUACGCCAUCACCGUCACCAUGCCCGGCGAGAACUCGGAGAACGCCGUUCAGAUUCAUAAGGUGGUGACGGGGACCAUGGCCCUGAUUUUUUCCUUCCUCAUCGUGGUUUUGGUGUUGUACGUCUCCUGGAAGUGCUUUCCAGCCAGCUUAAGGCAACUAAGACAGUGCUUUAUAACACAGCGCAGAAAGCAGAAGCAAAAACAGACCAUGCAUCAAAUGGCUGCCAUGUCAGCCCAGGAGUAUUACGUUGAUUACAAACCCAACCACAUUGAGGGAGCCCUGGUGAUCAUUAAUGAGUAUGGAUCUUGUUCCUGUCACCAGCAGCCAGCGAGGGAAUGUGAGGUGUGA